AUGCAGAAUAUCUGGUCCCGCUCCGCUCCGCUGCAGACAACCUGCCGUCGUGCCUCCCGUAUUCAUACCAGCGCCAAUGGAUUGACUUCUCGCUCUAGCACGGCGGCGAGGAGGCGUCUUCACGUUGGAAACUCGAUUACCGCCCUAUACUCCAGUAUCUUCGCAGUCGCUGCACUGGCAGAUGCACAGGCUAAGGAUAAACGACGGCAUGAAUGGGAUGAGAAAAUCGCGGCGGUGAAAGAGGAAGUCAAUGAGUUGGUGGAUGAGGAGAAGCGUAUUUUAGAGGUCCUUUCGUCGCGGACAAAGUCUCGCGUUUUGAAUUGGCCCAUUCAAAUACGGCAAUACAGCUCUUCCAGCGCCCCUUCGGCUUUUGACGAGCAACCGGCUACGAGAAAUCAAUGGCCAAACCCAUCCAUGGCAGAGAGAAUUUCUACGGAUGAAGAUAUUCAUUCACGGUCCUCUAUCUCUUUUGGCAGGCCACAGAGUACGAAAACCAGACGGCCAGUUCCGUCGGUGAUUCAGCAAAUUUCCUCGGACGAAAAUUUAGAUGCCGAGGUCCAGGAAUUAACUGAUGAUGCUGAGCUUAAUGAUGACAGUCUUGUUGAUGAGCUUGGUGUAGCAGGUGGACAAUAUGAUCCCCUCACCCUGAAAGCCUUACAGAAGCUUUCAACAAAACAACUUGCUAUUCGACUUCUUCUACGUCCUGUUGUGGCCCACGAAUAUUUGGGAAUGAAGAAAGACUACAUCCUCCCAGAUAAUCAACUCCCUCGAAUAAAGACAUCCCAACUUCUGACGGAGCUACGCUCCAUUCGACGGAGAAUGGAGUCAUUGAGCCGUGGUUCUAGUCUAGAUGAUACGGAAAUACGGAGUUUACAAGGUCUCCGUAUGGGUCAAAAAAGUAACCGGGAACUGGACGAGGAACUUUCACGGGACGUCAUAUUGUACAUGAAAAAUAGGAUGUCCUUGCCCGAACUUCUCCUGCGGCUGUCGAACAAUCUCGUCUCAUCAACAGAUCCCGAUCGCCCAACUGCUUUUCGAAUCAUGAUCGUUGCAUUCACCAAGACUCGGCAGAAUGAUAUCGUGGCAUUGCUUCUACGGACAUUGAUUCCUUUUGGGUUUACGUUGACAGGACCGCUCAUUGUUUCGAUAGUGAGCUAUUUCCGAAAGAGCAAGAACCUAAAAGAUUUCGACUCGUUCUUGCAGAUGUUGCGAGGCCAUUCGACAUACAAACCAAACCUUGGUGGAAUGGCACCUUUCAAGCUUGAAGUAGUAAAUGGUGUUGAGAUUACGGUGCCGCCGUUAGAGAGCAACAAUUCUCUAAUAUGGGCCUCGUUUAUAAUUGCGGCGUUAAGGUUCGAUCAGCCUGAGCGUGCUGACGCCUGGCUUCAAGCUGCGCGGGUGCGUGGAUUUGGAGAUACUCGUGAUACGCUUUUUUCGUAUUUGAAAUUCUAUAGCAUCCGAAGGGAUUGGCAAGAAGGAUUGAACGUUUUGAAGAGAGCGCUCGCUUACAUUGCGUCCACGACAUUGCAUGAAGAGGAAGUGAUUGAGCGGUUGAUUGCGCUGAUGGUAUCGCUUUGCGAUAAUUGCGAGCAAUACGAGUUCUCGGAGGCCUUAAUCGAUGCUGCUAUUGGGAGCGGCUUUGAUCACGGAUUCGCAGAGAAACAGUUGGAUCUGAAUUUCCCCUUUGAUAACGCCUACGAACGAUGGGCGAAAGCCGUGGAGAAGUUCACUCCUGGAAAUCGGGACAGGGAUACACUGGAAAAGUGUCAUUCUUUCACAGGCAUCAUGAGAAAGCAACUACAUCUCCUGAUUUCCAAGAAAAAUAGGUAUUCUUGGAGGAAAGAUAUGAAUGGGCACUACUCGGAAGCUUCCCUCUCAGUUGCACUUUCUGGCUUUGACAAGAACUGUGCCCUGAAAUCCGAGGUGGAUGCAAUUGAGCCUCUACCUCAAAACCCUGGCAUAUUUACUAGUGAAACUACUACGUCAGGAGCACAGAACGAUGAUCUGACGGCUCUGCGAGCUGAGGUUGCGCAAUUAAGACGUCUUGUUUUGGGACUGGCUGGCAUUAAACCCCAAGAUACCGCCGCCGCCACGGCGAUAGAAAACGUCAAGUCUCCAGUGACAUCAGUUAAAGAGACCGAGUCUCUUCAGAAUACUACCGCUCUCAAAAGAGGAUGGAGUGCCUCUAAAUUCGCGCAAGGGGAGGCUCACACUACCGCCGAAAAGAGAACGCCACAGGAAGAUGGUCUUCGCUACUCCAUACAAGACAAUGUAGCUCCACCUACAAGGUCAAAAUCUAUCCUAUUAAAGAAAACCACGGCCCCUUUCAACCGAAAAAUGCCGAUCGAGAAUUCCUCCCGAUACAAUCCCGUCAAGUAUAUAGAAUUCAAACCGAAAAGACGUGUGGCGGUCAAAUACGUGAGAUCGGACCCUACAGUCCGCCCUGACGACUCGAGUCGCGAUCAAGAGGCUUCUCCAUAA